AAAAAAAAAAAAAAAAAAAUGCAUUCCUUUGGUUCUUUUUCGACUGUCUACUCAACUAUAAUUAACAUUUUGUAAUGCCUUGUCCAUUCUGCGUCGAUCCAUCAGAUGAUACAAAAGUUCACUGGAUCCUUUGUGACGUUUGUGAAGUGUGGUGUCACCAGAAAUGUGUUAAUGUUGACAAUGCACUUUUCAUUGAUCAAUUUCACUGUCCUCAUUGUGAAAAGACUCAUGGACUCUCCACUUUCAAAGAGCAAAGACGAUCGCGAAGGAGUUCAGCUGCAAAGCUGAAUUAUGCUGAUUUAAAUGAAGGAACCUCAACAGGAGACGAAAAAAUCUGGGGCAAACUCCUUCGAGCCAAAUCUUUUGCUCCGGACAAAUUUCCUCGAUACAAAGCCCGUGAAGUCAAUAUGAAGCUGAUCAGGAAAACUGGUUUGCGAGAACCGUUUAUUGUAAAAGAGAAUGAGUCAGAGCUUCAAAUGAAAAUGCCUCCCAAAGAUAUUACUGUACAUCAAAUUGCCGACCUUGUGGGGGGAAACGAUUAUCCAGUGGAUGUGAUUGAUGUUGCUUCUCAAUCAGAGCUGUCCGGGUGGACAAUGGGUCGUUGGGCAGAUUAUUUUCAUAGUGAGGAGAAGGACAGGAUACGCAAUGUAAUAAGUUUGGAAAUAUCAGGAUCAGAAUUGGCAGAACAAAUAACACGGCCAAAGAUUGUGAGAGAGCUGGAUUGGACAGAGUUGAUGUGGCCAACAGAUUUGCAUCCAAAUGAAUUCCCGCGGGUACAGCUUUAUUGUUUGAUGAGUGUCAAGGAUUCAUAUACAGAUUUUCAUAUAGAUUUUGGUGGGAGUUCUGUAUUUUAUCAUGUUCUACGUGGACAAAAAAUAUUUUAUCUAAUCGAACCAACUCAAAAAAAUUUGAAAAAGUAUCAAAAAUGGUCGUCGUCUCCAGAUCAGUCAACAAUCUUUCUAGGUGAUGAAGUUAAGGAUUGCCACUCUGUUGAGUUGUAUGCAGGGAAUACAAUGAUUAUUCCAUCUGGAUGGAUUCAUGCGGUCUUCACUUCAAGAGACUCAAUUGUUAUUGGCGGUAACUUCUUACACUCAUUUCAUGUCGAGGCUCAAGCCCAAGUUUAUGCUAUAGAAGAUAUAACGGAUGUUCCUCUGAAAUUUCGAUACCCUUUUUACAAACGUUUGAAUUGGUAUGCGCUAGAGAAUUUUAAUAAGUGGCUCGACGAUCAAAACAAACGCACCGAACUUUCGCAUUUUGAAUUGGAAAGUAUGUUUGCCUUAGCAAACUUCCUCCAAACAGAACUCCAUAAAGCCAAUGAUUCUCUUGUAACGUCUAAAAAUGACGCCAUCAGUAACAAAAAUCUGCUAAUAAUGCCUUCCCAAACAUUAAAAAGGAAAGAGCAGAUACCAGAAACAGUUCAUAAUCCUAUAGCAUUAAUAGAAAACGUACGAAGAAAAGCUAGGGAAAUUCUUAAUACCAACACGGAAUCAACUGCCAGUGGUAUAUCAUCAUCUCCAAAUAAUGAGAAACUUGAAAUCACGAACAACAAUAACAACAUUAAAGAAGUGCCUAUAGUCACAAUCAGAGACAGUGAUAACGCAGCAGUAACACCUCCAGCCAAUGAUACUAAUGAAGCAAUAUCACAAUCAAUAGGAAUAACAGCAAGGACUGAAAUGGAUAAUGACGACGUGACUAAAUUGUCAACUGUUGAAGAUCAUAAACCGCACCGUGUAAGUAGUAUGAUGAAGUUAAACACAAGGAAACGGAAAGAAUCUUCUGCACCAUUCGUCAAAAAUGCUAGUAAUGAUACAGAACUCAAAACGAUGAAUCAGCGAAGAAAAAUUACUGAUAAUAAUGUUACAACCACAGUAAAAAUAUAAUUAUACUUCUUCCUGUCUCAUAUUAUUUGAAAAGAUAACAGAUAAUACCUAGAUAUGCCUUUCCCACCU